UGAACUGGUUCCCUAUUUUUGUAAGCACGGUGUAAAAGUACUUACGUAUUAUCUGUGCUUUGUGUAAGUUAAUUACAUAUUACGUUCAAAGUUGAAUAUAAUGUAAAAAAGUAUUUUUACGUACUUUCAAGUUCUGGAAUUAAUUAUAUUCGAAGCAAUUUAACUGAAUUAAAACCCAACAUGUAUACAAGAAGCAGAGUGAGCCAAGGCUAUCCUAAUGCAAGAAAUCAAAAUACUCCAAAUGUAGGAUACCAAGGUCAAAGCACUUACAAUCAACAAGGAGGAUUUCAAGGGUCACAGCCUUCUCAGAAUCAACAAAGUAAUUACAAACAAGGAGGUGCACAAAUCUCUCCAGCAUUUAAACCACAACAACAACAACAAUUGCCAAUGCAACAAGCAGCAUCAAGAAAUCUGCCACAAGGGAAACCUCAACAACCACAGCAACAGCAAUCACAACAAAUUAAACAAUCACAACAACCUAUUGCAAGUUCUCCUCAAAAUCAGCCACAAUCUCAAUCACAAUCCCAGCCUCAGUCUCAACCUCAACCUAUACCACAGUCUCUAUCACAACUUCAGCUUCAAUCUCAAUCCCAAACACAGUCUUUAUCUCAACUUCAGGCUCAAUCUCAACCUCAGCGAUUGAAGCCAAUUUUAAAACAGCCUUCUCAUACUCAACAACAAAGUGGAACAACAGUGCAAAAUAAUCCUGUUUCAUCUACUCAACCAUCAGUUCCUACUCCAACACCUCCUGUAUCAAGUAAUUCUAAUCCUACACCACCAAUAACUAAUAAUACAUCUGAAGUAAAAAAUGAAACUCAAGUGCCUGAAAAUGCAGAUGUUGAAAUGCAAGAACAACAUCCAAGAUGGAGGCGUAAGGCUCCUGGGUUUAGGGUAAAUAAAAGACUGAAACGACUUCGCUUGAAUCAACGUUUAAGGAAAACAUUGCAACCAAAGAAUGCAAUUAUGGUACUAAAUGAAAUGAAAGCAGGAGUGCAAUUCACAUUUCCUGAAACUCAAGGACCCAUGCCAAACUUCUUUAAAAUGAAAAUAAAAUGAAAACAGCUUGAUGGUAAAACUUAUGUUGGACAAGGAUUAUCUAAGCCACUUGCCCGUCAAAAUGCUGCUGAAAAUGCACUGAAGGCUUUAUUACUUGAAAAAAUGACAGCAGCAACUAUGAAAGCACGCAUUGAUGCUGAAUCAGAUGGACAAGCAAAUCAAUCUACAGAGCCAUCUAAUAUACCAAAAGAUGAUAAUAGUGAAGAAGGUGGAACACCAAUGGAUACUAGUAUUGAUGAAAGUGAUGAAAUUCCAUGGAGUUCUUUAGCUAGCUUUGCAUUAUAUAAACUUUUCCUUGAAUGGCACAAUCAAGGAACAUCAGUUCCAGUUCCAAGACCAGGAUUACCAUCACCUGUGAAAGGUGCUAAAAGAGAGAUUACUCAUGUCCAAAAAACUCCAGUUCAAAAAGAACUUCCACCCAAUGCAACAAACAUACAUCCUGUAAUGUUAUUAAAUCAAAUGAGACCAGGUUUAACAUAUGUAGAACUUAACCGUGUCGGUAAUCCACCUAACACAAUGUUCACUCUUGCUGUUGAUAUUGAUGGCAUUGAGUACACAGGAAUAGCAAAAAACAAGAAAGAUGCCAAGAAAAUAGCAGCAAAAUCUGCACUUAUGGCUUUGUAUGGUUUGAAUUAUCCAGAAGAAAUUAAACCAGUAGGUCAAGAUCAACCAAUGGCUUAAAAGUAUAUAUA